AAGAAAUCGUCUCGGGUUAAGAAUAUAUAUAUAUAUAUAAGGAUUUGAUGAGAAAAGAUAAAACAGUAUUAGUUACAGUUGGGUCAACACGAUUUGAUGGGUUAAUAAUGGGUAUUCAGCAAAAAUCAGUUCAAGAAGCGUUGAUUUCUCAAGGAUAUUCUAAAAUUAUAGUUCAAUAUGGGAAAUCAGAAGAGAUUUUUAAUGAAUGGAAGCCAAUUAAUGGUAUAGAAGUUAGUGGAUUUGAUUAUUGCAAUGAUAUGGAGAAAGAAUUUGAAAGAUCAAGUCUAAUUAUAUCACAUGCAGGAUCGGGAUCAAUUAUAGAAGCAUUAGAACUUAAAAAACAGCUUAUUGUAGUAGUUAAUGAAACAUUGAUGGAUAAUCAUCAAAAAGAAUUAACAGAAGUAAUGAGAGAUGAAAAAUAUCUUAUUUCAAGCACACCAGAGAAUCUUUUAUAUGCAAUAAAAGAUCUAAAUAAAAAUAAAUUAAAACCAUUUAUACUUUCUAAUGAAUCAACAUUUCAGAAAAUUUUAGAUAAUCAAAUGGGAUUUAGUUAGAAUCUAGUUUUAUAAAUGAAUUUUUAGUUAAAGAAAUUAUAAUUGG